AUCGCGACUCUUUAGCUUUGCCUCAUCGUCACAAACUAAAGCCCCUUUUCCACCUCUUCACCGGCGGCAUGUAAUAAUAAUAAUAUUCACCUCGAUCAAACCCUAAUCACUCCAAAAUCCACUCAUCGAUCGUCCUUCACAACCCUUUUCCGAUCGAAUUUCGCACCCCCCUUGCGAUGGAAGCAGACGAUUGCAUGAGCAGCGGCGCCGAAGAAGAUUAUUAUUGCUCUGAUCGUGAUUCGCUUGACGAUGUCCUCGAGAAUGAGGAAUCUGAUCCUCAGUGGGCUCCGCCUAAAGGCUCUUCGUCUAAGGUCAUAACAAAAGAGUCUCUUUUGGCUGCACAGAGGGAAGAUAUGCGUAGAGUUACCGAACUACUGUCUCUGAGGGAACAUCAUGCAAGGACUCUACUUAUACAUUAUCGUUGGGACGUUGAGAAGAUAUUUGCAGUACUUGUAGAAAAAGGAAAAGAUCGUUUGUUCACAGAGGCUGGUGUGCCUAUUCUUGAGUCUCAUAAUUCAGACUUAUUGGUUUCUACUUCUACAACAAUGUGCGAGAUAUGCAUGGAGGAUUUACCGUCCAAUGAAAUGACAAAAAUGGAUUGCGGCCACUGCUUUUGUAAUAAUUGCUGGACAGAGCAUUUUAUUGUAAAAAUAAACGAGGGGCAGAGUAGACGAAUCCGGUGCAUGGCUCAUAAAUGUUUUGCGAUAUGCGAUGAAGCAAUAAUCCGGGAUCUAGUUAAUAAACGGCAUCCCGAUUUGGCCGAGAAAUUUGAUCGGUUUCUUCUCGAGUCGUAUAUCGAGGACAAUAAAAUGGUGAAAUGGUGUCCAAGUACUCCUCAUUGCGGGAACGCAAUCCGUGUUGAAGAAGAUGAGUUUUGUGAAGUAGAAUGCUCGUGUGGUAAUCAAUUCUGUUUCAGUUGCUUAUGUGAAGCUCAUUCUCCUUGUUCUUGUGUAAUGUGGGAACUUUGGACUAAGAAAUGCCGAGAUGAAUCGGAAACGGUUAAUUGGAUUACCGUUCAUACGAAGCCUUGUCCUAAGUGUCAUAAACCUGUUGAGAAAAACGGUGGCUGCAAUCUUGUCAGCUGUAUAUGCGGACAGGCCUUUUGUUGGCUAUGUGGUGGUGCAACGGGUCGGGAUCAUACAUGGUCAAGUAUCGCCGGUCAUAGUUGCGGUCGGUACAAGGAAGACCGUGAGAAAAAAUCUGAGCGUGCAAAGCGAGACCUUUACCGUUACAUGCAUUAUCACAAUCGUUACAAAGCUCAUACAGAUUCGUUUAAGCAAGAAUCUAGGCUCAAGGAGACCAUACGCGACAAGGUGGUGGUUUUGGAGGGAAGAGAUUCACAGUUACGAGAUUUUAGUUGGGUUACAAAUGGGCUGUAUCGGUUAUUCAGAUCCCGUCGGGCACUUUCGUAUUCAUACCCGUUUGCAUAUUAUAUGUUCGGUGAAGAGCUUUUUAACGAUGAGAUGACAAAAGAAGAUCUAGAAAUAAAACAGCAUUUGUUCGAGGAUCAACAGCAGCAGCUUGAAACUAACGUUGAGAAGCUAUCGAAGUUUAUCGAGGAACCGUUUGAUAACUACUCGGAGGACAGAAUCAUGGAAAUUCGUAUGCAAGUUAUUAAUCUAUCUGUGAUCACUGACACCUUGUGCAGGAAAAUGUACGAAUGUAUUGAGACGGAUUUGUUAGGCUCUCUACAAUUUGGCAUUCAUAACAUAGCUCCGUAUUACUCAAAAGGGAUUGAGAAAGCUACCGAGCUACCUGUCAGUUGGGCUGCUAAAUCAUGCAAUGCUGAAAAACGUCAUAAGUUGGAAGACCCGACUAACGGUGGCACAUCGGAAUCUGAUCGGCCUUCGGGUUCUGGCAGCUCAGACGAGAUUGGGUUCUCUUCAUUGAAGAGGGCCAGAAAAGAUGACAGGUUUGGAGACAGUAUGUUUGACCUCAAUUUGCCUGCUGAUGUCAUCGAUAGAAACUGAGGUGUUGAAAGGGCGAUCAGAGGUGCUCGUUACUCUAGUUAUAAACAAGUGUAUAGCUCUGACAUAGGAGCGACUCUAUUCUAUGAAUUGGUCUCUUUUGAAAACUACUAUCUAAUAUAUAAACUUUUUGGUUAUUUUUAUAAGAUCUAUUGAUUCUCAUGGUGAUA